AGAAGAACGAAGAGCCUCCAUCCCGAGCCGUCUGUACAGUCACCAGAAGAGAGAAGAACGAAGAGCCUCCAUCCCGAGCCGUCUGUACAGUCACCAGAAGAGAGAAGAACGAAGAGCCUCCAUCCCGAGCUGCCUGUACAGUCACCAGAAGAGACAAGAACGAAGAGCCUCCAUCCCGAGCCGUCUGUACAGUCACCAGAAGAGAGAAGAACGAAGAGCCUCCAUCCCGAGCCGUCUGUACAGUCACCAGAAGAGAGAAGAACGAAGAGCCUCCAUCCCGAGCCGUCUGUACAGUCACCAGAAGAGAGAAGAACGAAGAGCCUCCAUCCCGAGCCGUCUGUACAGUCACCAGAAGAGAGAAGAACGAAGAGCCUCCAUCCCGAGCCGUCUGUACAGUCACCAGAAGAGAGAAGAACGAAGAGCCUCCAUCCCGAGCUGCCUGUACAGUCACCAGAAGAGAGAAGAACGAAGAGCCUCCAUCCCGAGCUGCCUGUACAGUCACCAGAAGAGAGAAGAACGAAGAGCCUCCAUCCCGAGCCGUCCUGCAGAAUCUGCUGGGUGAAUUAAGGACAUUGGUCAGAAUGACUUUGGAAAUCCCAUCUCUAGGACGUCCCUUCACCCUUGGGAUGUUGUAUGAUGCUCGUGAAGAGAAGAUUAUUCCAGGCAUCACUCUAUGGAACAAUGAGGAUCUGAACAUAAAUAUUUCCACUAUUUCUGUACAGUCUCAGAAUAGCACAGACUUUGAAGUUCUGACCUCCGACUCCUUCUAUGAUAAGUCGUCUGCUCUGGAUCUCUCUGGAGAAUUAAAGAUCAGUGUGUUGAGCGGCAUGGUCAAUGUCGGUGGAUCUGGAAAAUUCUUGAAUGAUACAAAGGAAUCAAAGAAACAAGCCAGAGUCACACUGAAGUACAAGAGGACCACCAGGUUUGACCAAUUGUCUAUGAAACAUCUCUCCUACAAGAACAUCACCUACAAAGAAGUGUUUAGCAAAAAGAUAGCAACCCAUGUGGUGACUGGUAUCUUAUAUGGUGCCCAGGCAUUCUUCAUAUUUGACCAGAAAGUUACCAACUCUGAAGAAGUUAAAGAUGUUCAAGGAAAACUUGAAGGAAUGGUGAUGAAGAUAGGAGAACUAAGAGGAGACGUGAAUGUGAAUGACACCGAGAGAGAAGUAGCCAGUCAAAUCAGCUGUAAGUUUUAUGGGCACAUCGCUCUCGAAAGAAACCCGACUACUUAUGAGGAAGCAGUGGAAAUCUAUGCCAAAAUCUGUACCCCUGAAAAUCAAUGCUUUCCAAACCGGAUUGGUAGGAGUGGAUCCGAGGCUGUGCCUUUAAAAAUCUGGCUGCACCCCUUGAAAGAUUUGGACUCCAGUGCUGCCCGUCUGGUCCAAGAGAUAAGUGAUCAUCUGGUGUUCACAGCCGAGGAGAUGAUGCAGGAAAUGUCAGAAGUCAUCAUGGAGUGCAAUGAUAUGAUGGGACAUCCGGCUGCCAUGACUUUCCCAGCUCUCGCUAACAAAAUCAGACAGUUCAAAAAACAUUUCCAACACUUUAGGAUUAUGUUCCAGAAAAAGUUGUCCCAAGUUCUGUCCUCUGUACGUGGUGAGUAUAUGGAAGAGUCUAGUCUGGAGGAAUUUCUCACUGGGAAAGAAAAAUCUCCAUUCAGCGACCAGAAGAUCAGAACAUUUCUGCACAGAAGAUGGACGGAAAUGGAUUAUGUCCAUUCAAUAUUCACCAAAGUGACCAAAUACAGGCUGGUGACCGAGCAAAGAGAACUAAUUAAAGAAAUUUAUGACCCAAACUAUGAUAGUACAUGGUGCUUUAACUUUUCCCUGGGGAAUAAGGACUUGUAUCUCUCACACUUAGAGUCCUGGCUUUAUAAGGAACCAUGGGAUUAUCAGGAGAUCUCCAGUGAUGGGGAAACCAAAGAAUGGUUUGAAGAGAAGGGGAUAUCAAAGAUUGUUAAGGAACAUGUGAGGAAUUUCGAUGCAGCUGCAAUGGAAGCCACAAGUAUGAAGUUUCUGGUGACUUCUGUUGUGUGCAGUGCUGGUCCUGGAAUUAUCCUUCAUGAAUAUUGUAAUGGAGAUCCUGUGACCAACUAUUGUACCUGCAGUAAAUGAUAUAUAGAAAAAGAAAAACAGUUCAUCUCAGCGCCCAAAAAUCGCUUAAAAAUGUGUCCACACCAUGAGAGCUCGUGCAGCAUCUAUCAGGCCGAUUGUUCUCCAGGAUCUAUAACCAUCGCCUUGUUAGUUAUCUCACAUCUCAGCCUCGCUCUGUUUAUUUUCUACUAAAAUCAGAUCACAUGUUCGGAAGCUUUAUUAUUAUUAUGAUGAUCACUAUUAUUAUGCUUAUUAUUAUAUAAUUUGUAGGUAACACUUCAUAUUGCAUGAAAGUAUUUUUUGUUAAUUAUUUCAUGUAACCGACUUAUUGUUUAAAACUUUCAAUAAAAAUUUUGAAACAAAAACCCAUUGUCAUCCAGUGUGUAAUACUGCUAUAUAGCACCAUACUGUCUAGGGGAAAAAGAAAGAUCCCAGCAGUGCAGAGUAUUUCAGGAGGGGGAGAGUUGAUCUUGUGG